AUGGUCUGCUCAGCAUCAGCCCUGCAGUGUCUCAUUGAUUACCUGCACAUCUCCACCGCCCCCGGCGGCCGCGCGUACGACGCCCUCCGCACGCCGGCCUGCGCCGCCGCCGCCGCCGCCGCUGCGGCGCGCGCGGACGCGGACGCGCGCGCCGCGGGCGCGUACGCCGCCGACGGAGGCGGCUUGCUCGGGCGUCAGGCGCGGAUGCGCGUGCUGCUGCUCAACCGCAUCGUCAGGGAGACCUUUGACCUCGACACCCACCCCACGCUGCCCGCCGCCGUCGCUGUGCUGCGGACGCCAGGCGCGGCCGAGGCGCUGCUGCGCGCCGGGCUGCUGCCGCGCGAGCGGCAGCGGCGCGAGCCAAGUACGGCGGAGGGGGACCAUCUGUGGCCGUUGAUAGGCCUGGCGUACGUUUUCAUCGACGCAGCAAAGGAUGUCGAAGUCGGCCUCCUGCAGCCGGACGCCGACACCCGCGCCGCGCUCGCCGAGUGGGCGGCGGUGCAAUCGCGCGUCGCGCCGCUGUUCGUCGACGUCGUGCGCACGCGCCUCGCGGAGGGCGGGGUGCGUGCGGAGCCCGCGGUGCAGCUGGCCGCGCUGCUGCUGGGCUUUGGCCGUGAGCAGGACCCAGAUGCCCCGCUCGAUGCCUCGUUGCUGGCUUGCCUGCCAGCCGUUCUCCCGCCGCUCGCGGCGCACGCGCAGCACUCAGUUGCGACGCCGCAAACCCAGGCACUGGUGUGGUCCGGCAUAGCAGGCCUUCUCGCCGAUGACAGCAGCGCCGAGCUCGCGGCCACGUGCGGGGGUGAUCUCGCGAAGCACGCGCUCGCCUUCCUCGGCCGUGCCGCCCGCCGCGCCACCGUCGAUGGCGCCGCGGCCGCCGCAAGCCCCGGCUCGCGCGAGGCUGACAGUUGUGAGGAUGCUGCACUCAUCGGAGCCUCCCGCGCGCUCUGGCAAGUGGCGCUCGCGGACGCGGCUGCCAAUUAUAACGGGCAGCUGCGGCCCAGCUGCAUCGCCUCGGUGCCUGGCGCGGCGGCGGCGGUUGUGGCGGUGGCUCGCUCGUGGCUGGCGGCGGCGCGGGCGACAGACAUCUUUCAGAAGGGGAGCGCCUUUGAGAAAGGGCGCGCAGACAAGGCCUACUCGUACGUAUGUGCCACAAUCGCGCUGGUGGCAGAAGCUGAAGAAACGAUGGGUAAAAGUAGCGGCGGCCGCGGCAGAGGAGGAGGGGGAGGAGGCGGUGGUGGCGGCGACGGCGAGGACAGCGCGUGGCUGGGCUUGACGCGGCGCCUCGGCGCGCCGCCGCUGCUGGCGAGCGCGCUGGUUGUUCUCAGGCCGGACAGCUCGAACAGCGCAGAUGUCGCGUUUGCACUGGCGGCGCUGCUGUAUGGGCGUCAGCUGCUGAGGGUGACGGUUGAGGAGGCGGGGCUGGCGCAGCAGCAGCCGCAGCAGCCGCAGCCGCCGCAGCAGCAGCAGCAGCAGCUGCAGCAGCAGCAGCAACAGCAGCAGCAGCAGCAGCAGCAGCAGUUGCAAGUGCAGCAGCAGUUGCAAGUGCAGCAGCAGUUGCAGCAGCGAGCAGUGCAGGGGCAAUUUGAGCAGGCGCAGGCGCAGCAGCAGCAGCAGCAGCAGCCGCCGCCGCAGCAGCAGCAGCAGCAGCAACAGCAGCAGCAGCAGCAGGUGGUGGAUCAAAGCCAGCGGGCAGUUGCAGGAUCACCCACAGCUAUUGCGAUAGCAGCAAUGCAGCCACGCCAGCCGCACGGCGGCAGCGUCGCAGGCGGCCGGCAGUUCGCUGUGUGUGCAGCGUGCAGCACGGCCGAGGGCGCCGCGGGGGCACGGCUGCACCUGUGCCGGGGCUGCCGUCUGGCGUGGUUCUGCUCUGACGCGUGCUACAAGGGCUACUGGCCGGCGCACAAGGCGGCGUGCCGCGAGGAGCAGGCGCGGCGGGCGGGGCGGACGGCUGCGAAGGUCGUGCUUGAUUAG